AUGAUUACUACACUACUUUCAUUAUCAAAUGAAUUAUUUUUCGAUAUAUGGGAUUAUUUUGAUUCGUCUGAGAUUUAUUAUUCAUUUGCUGGUUUGAAUGGACGAAUUAACAAUUUAAUUCGUAUUAAACCAGGAACAUCUGCCAAAAUAACAUCGUCUAAUCUUGAUUCUUAUAUGAAACAUAUUUUACCAGUAAUGAAAUAUCAAUUAGUAGCACUUAAAUUCGACGAACAAAAUGAAAAACAUUUUGAAUUAUUUACUAACAAAUAUCCAUUGGAUAAAUUUAAACAUUUACAAACCUUAACUAUUUUUCACAGGGAAGGGCCAGGGCUCCAGAAACAGCUACCCUGCGCAUGUCUAUUUUGGUUGAGCUACCGAAUUUUCAAUAUUUUUGGGCCUCCUACCCUCUAAAGAAAGGUGUGUACGAAACCUAAAAAGGUAUAGAUACAUGCAACCAUUUGGGUUUCGUAGAGGACAACGUAGGUAUGAAACCGUUUAAAUGCAUAAAUUCUAUUAGUUUUUUUCUGAGCAAGUGGAUCAUUUCAGGAGCUCAGACGUGCUUUCAUAGCAUAGGGCGGCAAAAACUGAGCGCAAAAAACACCUGAAACUUCUUUAAUUUUUGAUUUUUCGCGAGAAAAUCAUGAGGAAAAAACAUAACGAAAUAAGCAAAUGCGCUGAUCAAUCGUUUCAACGCACUUAAAACGGUUUCGUACCCUAUCUUUUCUUCUAUGAAGCCUAAAAGGAUUUAGAAAUGAUUGCACUUCUCUAUACCCUUUUAGGUUUCGUACACAAACCUUUUUUUUUUAGAGAGUAGGACAAGAAAACAAUACCAAUUCAUAACUUUUGAAGGAAAUGCCGUGGACUGAAAUCCUUUUAGAAUUUUUAUUUGCUUACUAACCUCUAUCGAUCGGCAUAUAAAUGAUUGUAAAUCAUCUCACGGUGUUCUCUCGUAAGAGAAACUCUUUCUAGAGAAGAUUUUUGUGCGGUUUAUCGUUCUGUCAUUGAUUAUGUUUCCUCAACUACACGUUUUGAAGAUAAAAAUUAAUUUUCUUUUUAAAUGUAUAUGUGCGUGCGUUUAUACAAUAUUCUACUUCAAUCAAUUAGUCAAGACGAUUUGAAGUAUAAUAAAUCCAAAUUCGAUCAACGUUCAGUCAUUCUGUGACAAGAAUAAUAAUGGGGAUGAACUCUCUUUUUUUGUCACAAGUGGACAUGUUUGUUUCUUUAUUUGGUAAAUUUAGAAAAACCAUGUCUUUAGAGAUAUGAACUAAAUUUUAAUUGCUCAUAUUUGAGAAAACCUAUAAUUUGAUAAGAAUUUUGUUUCAAAAAAAAAUUCUGUCUGUUUGUUGUUGACAAUUCGAUGUGUUUUGUUUUUUUACGCAUUAAUCUAUUCGAAAAAUACAUCGAAAGAUAAGAAUUCGUAAGUGAUACGGUGACUCCAUGGAUUAUAAUAAUAAACAUAUAUAAUUAUUAUAAAAGUCUUUCAGGAAUAGUGUUUCAAUCGUGUUAUUACAAUAUGAAGUGGAU